GAGGCCUGAACCAAAAGCAAGAAGCAAACACAAUCGGUUAUAUAUUAUUACAAGAUGAUGUUGAUUCAAUUCUAUCCACAGCCAAAUUCCUAGUCUGAAAAUCAACGGACUCUCCUCUGUUUUUCUCUCAUGGGUUUCCCCGAAACCGUAAACUUUGCCCGCAACUUCGCCGUUAUGGUCAGAGUCCACGGCCCUGACCCAAAGGGGCUUAAGAUGCGAAACCACGCUUUUCAUCUAUAUGCUUCUGGAAAGACAACACUUUCAGCUUCUGGGAUGAUAUUGCCUGAUACACUUUUCCAUUCAGGCUUAGUGAAGCAAAUAUUAGGCAGUAAUGGCUUAGAGGGUCAGGUUCUGGUGCUCGUUGUGACUGUUGCUUCUGUUGUCGAGUCUUUUUUGUCAUUGCAACAAAGAGAGAGCAUGUAUCAGGGCCAACCUGAGAUGAUUGCUGGUGCUCAAAUUGAUGUUAUGUUAGAGGAAAGGUGGGGGAUGGAGAGAGUGGCUGAGGGGAGUUUGGAUAAAGGAACUUCUUACUGGCAUACUGCUCGACUUAUAAGAUUGGUCGAUGUAGCUGAAUCUUCCUUGGCUCUCCAAUCACUUGUAGAAUCCUCUUUAGGCUCACUAGAUCAUGGAUGGGAGAUCGGUUGGUCUCUGGCCUCGCAUGAUAAUGGUCAUCGAAAUUCUAUGGAUGUGAUUCAGACACAGACUGAGGAUGGCAAUUCAUCUUUCAAGCUGGGCCAAAGGCAUUUGACAGUAGGGGAAUCUGGUAAUCCGACCCUUGUGAGCAAGACAAGUACUAGAAUUGCCCUUUUGGGAGUCUCUUUAAAUUUAAAGGAUCUGCCAAUCAUUACAAUAUCACCUUCGAUUAUAAGGGGGGACUCUCUUCUAACAGUGGGUUCUCCUUUUGGUGUCCUUUCACCUGUGCACUUUUUUAACAGCUUGUCGAUGGGAUCUGUUGCCAACUGUUAUCCAGCUAGAUCAUCUAAUGUUUCUUUGGUGAUGGCUGACAUUCGGUGUCUUCCAGGAAUGGAAGGUGCUCCAGCUUUUGGUGAAUGUGGAGAUUUCAUUGGCAUUUUGACUAGACCUUUGAGGCAAAAGAGUACUGGUGCUGAAAUUCAGCUGGUGAUUCCUUGGGAAGCCAUUGCUACUGCUUGUGGUGACUUGCUGCUGAAGGAGCCUCAAAAUGCAGAAGAAGGGAUCGCAAUUAACAAGGAGAACUUAAAUGCUGUAGAGAAUGCAUACAGCCAUGAGUCAGAUGGACCCUUCAGUUAUAAGUAUGAGCAUUUUAAUUCUCAUUGCUCUUCAACCCUGCCAGUUGAGAAGGUGAUGGCUUCUGUUUGUCUUAUUACCAUUGAUGAAGGUAUAUGGGCAUCUGGGGUUCUUCUCAAUGAUCAAGGCCUAGUACUUACAAAUGCUCACCUGUUAGAACCUUGGAGAUUUGGAAAAACGACUAUAAAUGGUGGAAGAAAUAGAACAAAGUCGGGAGCACUUUUCCUCCCACCUGAAGGAUCUGUGAUUCCUGGGCAUUCCAAUGUUGAUAGCUACAGGGGGAGUCAGAUGCCAUUAAAUAAAGCUAAGAUCAUGGAUUCCUCUGUAUUUGAUCAGACCAAGGGAGACCAAUUGAGUUUGUCUUACAGUGGCCAUCGAAACAUACGAGUUCGCUUGGAUCAUUUUAACCCAUGGAUUUGGUGUGAUGCUAAAGUAAUAUAUGUUUCCAAGGGGCCUUUGGAUGUUGCCUUACUGCAGCUUGAAUAUGUUCCAGAUCAGCUUUGCCCUAUCAAGGCGGAUUAUGCCUGCCCAAUUUUGGGAUCAAAGGCAUAUGUUAUUGGACAUGGAUUAUUUGGACCAAGAUGUGGGUUUUUCCCUUCUAUUUGCUCUGGAGUGAUAGCAAAAAUAGUUAAAGUGGAAGCACCUACAUUUUAUCAAUCCAUUCAAGGGGACUCGCAUAUUCCUGCAAUGCUCGAAACAACAGCUGCUGUCCACCCUGGUGGCAGUGGCGGUGCUGUUAUCAAUUCAAGUGGUCAUAUGAUUGGACUUGUUACCAGCAAUGCGAGGCAUGGUGGAGGGAGAGUUAUACCACAUCUGAAUUUCAGCAUUCCUUGUGCACUAUUGGCGCCUAUUUUUGAGUUUGCAAGAGGUACAAAGGAUAUUUCACUUCUGCAGAAUCUUGAUCGACCAAAUCAACAACUUUCCUCGGUGUGGGCAUUGAUGCCAUCGCUCUCCCACAAGCCAAGCCCUCCUCUGUCUAAUCUGCCAGAGUCGCUGCUGGAAGAUCAUGAAAAACAAGGAAGGGUUUCCAAAUUUGCAAAAUUUAUAGCUGAAAGAGACGAGGUUUUGAGAAGCUCGACUCGACUUGGGAAGGUAGGAAGCUUUUCAAAUGAGAUUUCUCCUAGUAAGUUAUGACCUUAUGCCAACCUGUAACGGAUACCAAAUGAAGGAGAUAUCACCAGCAUGAAAGUGGAAUCAAGCAUUUCCACCUUUUAUAGCAAUGGCGUUUCAUCUGCUUCACCAAAGAUUGAAAUGGUGGGGUGGAUUGGGGGGCGAGACUGCUUUGUGGGCUUGGGAUGUGUAAUUUCUUUAAAUUUGUAUACAAGCAAAAUAAAUAUUCCUGCACACAGGAUUACACUUUGCAAUGUCAAUACACAAUAUUCCUGCUUUGAGGUUA